UAUUAUAAUUAAUUUCUCUUCCAUUGUGGACAUAACUUUUGUGUGGGUAAGUAAACCUUUCCACACGCCAUUCGCAGCCAUUGUGGUGAGAUGACAAAAGCACAAAUUUCUGGAACAGCGGCUUCACUCUGCGUGCAACGAACAUUUGCUGUUUCAUAUUUUUUUUAUUAUAAACCAACAAACCGCCAAUCAAAAUGUAAUUUCCGCCAAGCCUUUGUUUGGAUUUAGAGGAAAAUCAUUAGAUGUUAUGGGAUGUCCUGGUAUAAUGGCCGCAUAUUUUUUAAGUAGUUGCCAUGUUAAGAUAUUUUCUUUACACUUACUGGAAAAAAAAUAUGGCGGAUGUAGCUCCAGCCGGUGGCCGAGGAGGCUUUAGAGGAGGUUUCGGAAGUCGUGGCAGUGGACGUGGUGGACCACGAGGAAGAGGACGUGGGCGUGGCAGAGGCAGAGGACGUGGUAAGGAAGGAGAGAAGGAAUGGCAGCCAGUUACAAAGUUAGGUCGUCUGGUCAAGGAUGGAAAAAUAAGAACCCUGGAAGAUAUAUAUCUAUUCUCUUUACCCAUCAAGGAAUUUGAAAUUAUUGAUUUUUUUAUUGGUCCUGUAUUGAAAGAUGAAGUUCUGAAGAUCAUGCCAGUUCAAAAACAGACUAGAGCCGGGCAGAGAACAAGAUUUAAGGCCUUUGUUGCUAUUGGAGACCACAAUGGACACAUUGGUUUGGGCGUGAAAUGUUCCAAAGAAGUGGCUACUGCUAUCCGUGGUGCUAUUAUCCUUGCUAAGCUCUCUGUCGUUCCAGUCAGGCGUGGUUAUUGGGGUAACAAGAUCGGAAAGCCCCACACUGUACCUUGCAAGGUUACAGGAAAGUGUGGUAGUGUGCAAGUGCGUCUUAUUCCAGCACCCAGAGGAACUGGCAUUGUAGGUGCCCCUGUACCCAAGAAGCUUCUGCAGAUGGCAGGUAUUGAAGAUUGUUAUACAUCUGCCACAGGAUCAACUGGCACUCUUGGAAACUUUGCAAAAGCUACGUUUGAAGCCAUAUCAAAAACAUAUGGUUAUCUGACGCCAGAUCUCUGGCGUGAUGUGCCAUUAUCUAGGGCACCGUACGCAGAAUUUUCAGAUCAUCUGCUGCGGAACCAUCAUGCCAAAGCUGUUCCUGUUGAUGAAUGAUUAUUAAGCUCUUCCUCUAAUUAAUGAUAAUAUAAUUUAUCUGAUACAAAUAAUAAAUUAACUUUUAUUAGAAUAUUAAUUUAUUUUUCCCAAAUUAACUUAUCUAACUUAUGUUUAUAAUGGU